GUGGUGCUGUGUACGUUCCUCUACGGCUUCUCCUUGGGCCCUCUCUUUCCCGGUGCCUUGCUCGUGGCAGAGGAGAAGCUACAUCCCGAGCCGCUGAAUGGCCGUGCCGCAGGCUUCACAGUGGCUUGUGCCGCCCUGGGCGAGAUGCUGCUGCCACUGCUUACAGGCCUUUGCUUCGAUGUCGAGGUGACCUCCUUCGCCUUUGUGCAGCUGGCGAUCUGCUGCGGGUCGCUGCUCUUCUUCGCGUUGGUAUGA